AUGGCCAUAACGAAACGCCCUCGCGACGAUGCCUCCACCGACCGCGCCGCAAAGAAACACAAAAAGGGCUUCGUCGUCGGCCCCCAAAACCUGCCCGACGGCACCCAUCGCCGCAAGACCAUUCAAAUCAAGCGCAACCUGAUCGAAAAGGCAAAACUCAAGAAAGAAUACGCAAAGCAGAAGCAACAAGCCCGAGACGACAUCCAACCAAAGCGCCCAUCAACAUACACGACCACCGACGACGAAACACGAGACUCGCCAGACGAAGACGUCGAGGAAGAGAAAAUCGAGAAGAAAGCGAAAGCAUCGCGACGGUCGAAACCGAAACCCAAAUCGCCAUCACCGUCGCCUGCUUCCGCGCCCGCAGCUGUCGCAGAUGCACCCGCAGAAACUACAGAGUCAAAUCUCACAGGCAUCCACCACAGCCGCCGUCAGAAGAUUAUUCCCUUUGCAAAAGAGCACCGCGCUGCUCAACGCCAAAAGCGCGAAGCCGAAGAACGUCGUGCCGCUUACGAGAGCUCGCAACGGGAAAGAGAAGAGAAGACCGAGGAAAGAGAAAGGUUCAGAAAGGCAAUGGCAAAGGCAAGAAGUGGAGGAAAGAACGGUCAGAGGAAGCUGGGAAGAGAAAGCACUGUUUUGCUUGAUCGCAUAAAGAGAAUGGUCCAGCAGUAA